AUGUCUCUGAAAGUGUUGUUAACAACAGUCUACGUGGUUUUCGUCUUUCUCUGUAACAAUCAAGCGACAUCGACUGGUAUUCACAGCCUUCGUUAUUAUGGCUAUAAUACACCAAUGGAGAUUGAACAUAGAUAUGAUGCAGAUUUAUUUCUGAAGGGGACAGAAACCUCACCGAAUAAUAUCACUGGGGUUACGACAAACGAAGCAGUUAACCGAUCGUCAAAGAAUAUACGGUUACCACAAACUGUAUUCCCUCAUUUCUAUGAUCUACGGCUUCAAGUUCACAUUCAUGGAAAUGCUGAUACUCAAGACUUCUAUUUCAAUGGAUCUGUGACUACAAAGAUUCAGUGUUUAGCAGCAACUGCAGAACUCUUUAUUCAUGCUUAUCCCAAUCUCAAUGUCAGUAUGGAUCAAAUCAGAAUAUAUUCGGACAAUAAAGAAGAUGUAAGGAAGUCAGAAAUUCCAAUACAGAGGAUAUCCUACGAUAAAGAUGCUGAAUGGUACCAUAUACAGCUAAAAGAUGCACUACAACCAAAUGCAAGUUAUAAACUGAUAUUUGGUCAAUUUAAUUCUUCACUAACCUAUGAACCGGUAGGAUUUUAUCUGAGUCGGUAUGCAGAAAAUGGAACUUAUAAGUACUUAGCAAGCACACAAUUUGAGGCAACUCAUGCAAGGCGUGUAUUUCCUUGUUGGGAUGAACCUGGAUUUAAGGCUGUAUUUCAGGUUACCAUCAUACGCCACAAGGAUUUUUAUACACUUUCAAAUAUGCCUGUUAACAACACAGUGGCGCUUUACGCUGAUUGGCGUCAAGAUCAGUUUCAACCAAGUGUAAAGAUGUCUUCAUAUCUGUUGGCAUUUGUGGUUUCACAAUUUCAUGGACUUCAUGCUGUGGAUUCAAAGGGAAGAAAUUUUACUGUCUGGACAAGACCAGAGAAAAUUGAAUCAGCCAGGUAUGCUUUGGAUAUCGGUAGAAGACUUCUUGCAUACUUUGAAAAUUACUUUGGAGUGCCUUACCCACUUCCAAAAAUGGAUAUGGUUGCACUUCCUAACUUUUACUCUGAUGCAAUGGAAAACUGGGGUCUAAUAAUAUGUCGAGAAAAUGGACUGUUAUGGAAUCCGAGUACUGGUGCAGCUGCAUCGAAAUUACUGGUGACAGUUACUAUUGCCCAUGAAAUAUCUCAUCAGUGGCUUGGCAAUUUAGUAACGAUGAAAUGGUGGAACAACCUGUGGUUAAAGGAAGGUUUUGCAAACUUUUUUGAAUACAUUGGAACAGACUUUAUUCAACCACAUUGGAAAGUGGAUAGACAUUUCAUUAUUAAUGAUAUGCAAGGAGCGAUGAUCUCAGAUGUCUCCAUAGAAUCUCAUCCUGUUAUUAAUUCAGCUGAAUAUCCAGGCGAGAUCGAGGACAUUUUUGAUCCGAUAACAUACAGUAAGUUAACAGACUUAAGACUGGAUGUAUUUCGGUGGGAAUUUUCAUUCGAUAAGAAAUUACCAUUUUCGAGUCAUAGACACAAUCGAAGUGAUAUCACAGGGGCUGCAGAAUUAGCAUCUCGACAAAGGGAAGAAUGUGUUCCGUUUACUUAUAAAUAUUGUAAUUAG